GAUAUGUAAGCUGGAUUUUUGCAUGGUAUGUGUGGUGUGUGUGAUAGAUAUAGCCUAUUGAAAGGCUACCAAUUUAAGCUGCGCAACACUCUACUGCCGCUGCCUAGAGAUUCGGGAAUAUGCGGCGUUUGAAGCUUUUGUAAGCUACUAGAGUCAUUUUUGAUUACUGAUUAUAUAUACUUUCGAGUCCUUCGAGACUUUAAAAUCAUAGACAAAGCUUAAUCACAAUAACAAUCGUCCUAACAAACUUCAAACUUACGCAGAAAAUUUUAUAAAAGCUAAUCAUACGACUAAUAUUCAAUGGCAAUUUCAACUCCAAUUUGGUAUUCGCCUCCUUCGCCUCCCUCUUUGACAUUUGAUCAAGACGCACCGUGUGACUUAAAUACCGAAGCAUUCGGAUCUGCCUUUCCAUACACAACAUGUACGAUCCCACAAACGGAGAAUACAUAUACUAUACCGCCAUAUCCGAGUCCAUACCUCGAUACCAUUGAUGUGUCUAUGGUGCCAGAAUUAGAACAAAGCAUUUCGACAGAGAAAAGUAGAAGUUAUGAAUCGGAAAGGAACGAGAUGAUCAAUGAAUUAUCAAGCGAAUCAAAACGAGGCCAAAAUCGAGCUUCUCGCGAACGAAAGACCAAAUCUCAAGGUAGUCGCACACGAGAGACAUCGCAUGAUUCAACAGACUCGUUAACAGAAAAGACACCCGCACAAAAGAUGCGUCGGCUUGUACAAAAUCGCGUGUCACAGAGAAAUUUUCGGAAACGUCAAGCAAACGAGCGUCAGCGACUCGAAGACCAAGUGAAGAUGCUCAGUACCGAGUUACAUAACCUUGGUGAUAUGUAUCAAGAUCUACUGAGUCGAUACGAGCAGGCACAGCGUGAAAAGUUGUCGAGUAGUGAGCUGGUAGGAGGAUGGGUGGAUGGGGUUGGGACCUUGAGCCAAUUUGGCCUUGGUGGGCUUGAAUGAAGAAAUGAUUAGGAUGACUUGGGAUUCUGUAUAUUUAUGGGUUGGGGAUUUGGUGGCAACAUAAAUGUCCUCUCUGCGAACUUAAUUUAUGGCGUUGAGUGUAGGAUGGAUGGGUACAACUAGAGCUAAUCGUAGUCCGAUAGCAGGGAAAUGGCAGAUAACAAGACCAGAAAGCUUCUGAGGCAGGGAUAAUACAAAUCAGAUGUUUGCAAAACUAAGAAUUGUACCGCAAGUCCAAUGGCCGAAAAACUUCUUUCGAUAUCUCGUGUUUCAAACGUUCAGUUCUAGAAUCCGACAUUGGGCCGCUUUUACCGAACUUGCA